AAAACUGUUUGCAUCACUUGCUAAGGAGAGUCCAGUUGUUAAGCAUGGAAUAAGUUUACACGAAAUAUUUCAACACUGAAUUAUAUUGUUACACGUAUAAAUUGUUAUGACAUCUACUUCUCUUGGAACAACAAACAUGGAUUCGAAGUCUGCUCCCGAGACAUGCAAACUAGAUGAUUUUAUUAAGAAUGGAUUUCGUACAUUCGUUGAGGCAACAAAAGCAGCCAAUGAUUUGCCAAAAAAUCGAGAUUAUGACUAUUAUAACACUCAUGAGAGCUUCUCUAGAGAAUUAAAUUCAGACAGUGAUCGGAUACUACAUCUGAUCAAUAGAGUGCUCAAUGCUAAUGAAAUAGCUGGCAAUAUUAAGUCUGCACCUCUUGCUUGCAAGGAGGAGCUAAUUGGUGAAGCAAAUGAUGUGAUUCUGGACAGAGCUGUGGGUGCAAUUGAUGAAAUGAAUGGGUUGAAAAGUUUACCUGCAGCUGUAAUUCAGACAGUUUCAGCAAAUAUCUCAGUAAAUGGAUCAUGGAACAGAGUGAACAAAAUAACUGUUAACGACCGCGAAAGUACGGUGACAAAACUGACAGGACAAAACUCAAUUCAUUUGUUGACAGCUAAAAACAUUGUCAGGCCACAGACUUAUUUUAAAGAUAAAGUUGAUAAUGGUAAUAUUCAUCCCUGGAAACCAAGAAUCACUGAGAAACCUAAUUCUUUGAAACCACUGGCUUUGCAUUUGGAGCCAAAUGAAGAGUUUGAAGAAUUUGAUGAAUGGUCACAUCCAUAUGAGUUUGAGUUGGAGCACUUUAAGGUGCCUGAAGUAUUUUUGGCUGAUAUAAAAGAGCCAUCAGCUGUUGAAAAUGUAAAUAAUACACCACUUCAUGAAAUAACAACUGAGGAACAGUUGGAUGAGCUGGUUGAAGAACUUAGAAAGCACAAGGAGAUUGCAAUUGAUUUGGAGCAUCAUUCAUACAGGACUUUUCAGGGUAUUACAUGUUUGAUGCAAAUAUCCACUAGGAAAGCGGAUUAUUUAGUAGACACUUUAAGUUUGAGACAUAAAUUAUAUGUGUUGAAUGAAGUUUUUACCAAGCCAAGCAUUUUGAAGAUUUUUCACGGUGCUGAUAUGGAUAUACAGUGGUUGCAACGCGAUUUAUCGUUGUACAUUGUUAAUAUGUUUGAUACGCAUCAAGCGGCGAAAACGUUAGGUUAUUCCGGGUUAUCACUUGCGUAUUUAUUGAAUCGAUUUUGUCACUUUAUGCCAAAUAAAAAGUUUCAGUUGGCAGAUUGGAGGAUACGUCCUCUGCCACAGGCGCUGAAAGAUUAUGCGCGUGAGGAUACACAUUAUUUGAUUUAUGUAUAUGAGAUGCUUAAGAAGGAGUUGUAUAAGCAGGCGAAUGGCAAUGACAAUUUAGUAAGAGCAGUGUUUCAAGCUAGUACUGAAGUUUGUAAAAUGAGGUAUAUUAAACCAAGAUGGACGCCGGACGCGCAUCUUAAAUUAUGUAGAAGGCGCAAGAAGAUGUUUGAUAAUCGUCAGAUGUAUGCGCUGAAGGAAAUUUACAAGUGGCGAGACGGAAUCUCACGUGAUGAGGAUGAGAGCACUGGGUAUGUCUUACCCAAUCAUAUGAUGCUUCAAAUAGCGGAAAUGUUGCCACGAGAGGUGCAAGGAAUCCUCGCUUGUUGCAGUCCGAUUCCGCCAUUAGCGCGCGCUCAUUCCUUGGAAUUACAUCAUAUUAUUUUGAGGGCAAGGGAACAGCCGUUAGAGAAGCCAAUAAUGCAGGAAAGUAAUAGACGAAUCGUGAGCAAAGAACUUGUUCGUAUUAAUAUCGACAGCCCUCUGCAUUGUCCACACGACAUGACGAAGCUAGACAACAAGGAUAACUUGCCCACCUUGCUUAAUUGUUUAGCAAUGAAAGAUGUUAACGAAAAUAUUCUUCCUUUAGAACAGCAGUCAUCGUCUUGUAAAAUAUUCAAUGACUUGUCUCUUAAACCCAGAGCUAAGAAGAAACCUAGUUUUACAUUUUUGGGACCUUUCGAGAGGUAUAAACUAAUAAGACCGUUUCUCCAAGCCGAAGCUGCUGAAAAGGAAAAACCAAAAGAAGAUAAAAUCACUGUUGAGGAUGAUCCGUCAGUUGAUGAUCGUAUUGCAGCGUUGCACGAACACUUCGUACAAGUUAGGGAUGCUUUGAAUGAAGAUCAAGGGCCAGGCAAAGAGGAGCCCCCAGUGCAAGCCCGUGACGAUUUUGCCGCAUCUUUGUCUUCGGUGAUUUCCUUGGAUACAUCGCAGCCUUUGAUAAGUAUGCCUGGAUCGAAAAAGCGAAAGAGAAGUGAUACAGUUGACCGCUUUGGCACAAUUGUCACCAAAGAUGACAAUGAGGCAGAAAUUCAUAAAACUAGCAAGUCAGAGCAUCCCAACAAGAAGCAAAAGAGCAAUAAAUCUAAUGAUCAUAAUCAAAAGUACCCGACAAGUCGAGGCAAAAAUUCUAAACAAAAUCAAAAGGGGGAUAAACAUCAACGCGGUGGCAAACAUAAUUUUAAUAGUAAACGAGGACGAGGUGGUAGAAGUUCCAAUUUCCAAAAUGAAGCUGCCAUGCAUCCUUAUGACUACAGUCGAGUUGAUUAUAGUGAGUUUAGGGGUGGUGGUCGGACGGUUGGCCAUAAACAAGUUGAAACAAAACACAGAGGAAAAGGACAAAAUAAACGAAGUUUUGGUGGACGUGGCGGACGAGGCGGUCGUGGACAUAAUCAAUCAAUGACUUUCCAGCCUACGCGCGGUAGAGGUUCUUUCCGAGGACGCAACUAGCAAGUAAGAGUCACAUUUUUCACAAAUCCAUUCAUUUUCGUUUUCAAAGAUUUGUCAAAAAUAUAUGAAUUUUAAAUUUAAA